AUGCUCAUCAAAAAUACCAUUUCUAACAUUGUACCUGCAGAACUGACUGUGUUCCUAAAGCCAAGAGCACAGCCCGAAACUGAAACAGAUUUAGAUACACAUGCACUUAGGCCACUAAACCCAGCAGUGAAGUGUGGAAGACUGAUCGCCACAGCCAAGCUGGUGACUCAUGUGAAAAGAGGAGUGGACUCCAAGAACUGUGCUAUUCAGUCUGUGCAGUUUUUCACUAAGUCAGACACAGGUGUCCAUAGAGGAAUGGUUAAAGGAGCAGUAUUAUUACAAGCAGUGUUGAUAAACAAGAGUGGAUUGAGAGGAUUUUUGCGGUAUGGUUUUACCUCGAUAAUUACAGCAGGAAUUAAGAAAACACCAUGUGUUAUUUGUUGUGAAGUUCUAUCAGCCAAAUCUAUGAAGACAAACAAACCAAAACGUCAUUUCGAUAGCAAGCAUCUGAGCUUUGCCGGCAAGGACACCAACUAUUUUAGAAGCAAAGCUGAUAGACUCAUGAAAGCCAGACUUGACACUGGUGGCAAGUACCACAAACCAAACAUAGAAGCCGUUGAAGCUUCUUCUUUGGUGGCACUGAGAAUCGCCAGAGCUAUGAAACCUCACACCAUUGCUGAGGACUUACUGUUGCCAGCGGCCAAAGAUUGCGUUAUGAUCGGAGACGAAUUUGUUAUGAAAUUGAGUGCAAUUUCCUUAUCUAUCAACACUGACCACAGAAGAAUAGAUGACAUGUCUGAUACUGAUAUUCUUGAUCAGGUAAUCUAGAAAAUUAAAUCUGCUCCACUUCCAAUAUUUAGCAUCCAGCUUGAUGAAUCUACAGAUGUUGCAAACUGUUCACAGUUUCUGGUUUACGUGAGGUAUAUUAAUGAUGGCGACUUUAAAGAUGAGUUUCUUUUUUGCAAACCUCUUGAAAUGACAACUAUUGCACAUGAUGUAUUUGACACAGUUGGUUCAUUUCUGAAAGAGCAUAAGAUCUCUUGGAAAAAGGUUUGUGGUGUUUGCACAAAUGGUGCUCCAGCUAUGCUAGGAUGUCGAUCUGGAUUUCAAUGUUUGGUACUGAAUAAGUCACCAAAAAUCAUCAGAACUCACUGUAUGAUUCAUCGGCAAAUAUUAGCAAUGAAGAUGCUGCCACAAGAGUUACAAGAAGUAAUGAAAAGUGUCAUAAAUUCUAUCAAUUUUGUAAAGGCGAGCACUUUAAACAGUCGACUAUUUUUGCAACUGUGCAACGAGUUGGAUGCACUGAACAAUGCUCUGCUAUUUCACACUGAAGUGAGAUGGUUGUCAACAGAAAAAGUUUUAAAACGUGUUUUUGAGCUUUGUGAUGAAUUCAAAAUGUUUUUUAAUCAGAAAGCAAGACUGCAGUUCGAAGCACUUUUCAACGACAAAAGUGAACUACAGAAAAUAAUUUACUUGGUUGACAUCUUUGCCAUCUUGAAUGAGUUAAAUUUAUCACUGCAAAGACCAAAUGCAACAUGCCUUGAUUUGUCUGAAAAGAUCCAAUCAUUCCAAAUGAAACUUCAGCUUUGGGAAAAAAAAUUUUUGAAUAAAAAUAAAAUUUACAUGUUGCCUACCUCAUCUGCUUUCUUUGAGGAACAUGACAUUGAACCAGAUAAAAGGAUUAUGAUGAUAAUUUCUGUGAAAGAACACUUGCACAUGCUUGCAGAGGAAAUUUCAUUGUACUUUCCAAAUCUACCUGAUACCCCAUUUGCACUUGCCAGAAGCCCAUUCACAGUCAAAGUUGAAGAUGUUCCUGAGACAGCACAAGAGGAGUUCAUUGAACAUAUUAACAGCGAUGCAGCGAGAACUGAUUUCUCUGCAAUGCCAGUAACAAAAUUCUGGAUCAAGUGUUUGCAGUCAUAUCCUGUUCUGUCUGAAAUUGUGUUGUGCCUUCUUCUUCCACUUCCAACAACAUAUCUUUGUGAAACAGGGUUUUCCAGGUUGUUGGUUAUCAAAUCUAAAUACAGAAGUAGACUUGUGGAAGAUGGUCUUCGUUGUACUCUUGCAAAGACUGCCCCAAGAAUUUCUGAUCUGGUAAGAAGGAAGCAAUCUUAACCUUCCCACUGA